UUCCUGGUCUAGCAGGAAGUUACAUUUUGGUCAGAGAAGUCAGGGCUCACAAAUAUUUCAGAGACAACUCAUGUUCCUUUGAAGGACCUAAAGUUUUUCUAGCGCCGAGGCUAUGUCUCUGCAAGUGAAUAACGUUGUUGUAGCCAGUGGAAUUAAGACACUGGCUGUUUCAGAUGGAGAGCUGAACGCGUUGGAGCCGGAGAAGCGUGCGGGCGCACAGUGCUCCAGCAGCAACUCCAGCCUCCCUUGCGAGGUCACGGCCGUGGCCAGCGGCAUGGGCCAGGUGGCCAGCUGGGCCGUCAGCUUUGAGAGGCUCCUGGAAGACCCGCUGGGAAUACACUACUUCACUGAAUUUCUGAAAUCAGAGGUCAGUGUGGAAAACAUACUUUUCUGGCUGGCAUGUGAGAAUUUCCGCAAGAUACCUGCCAGUCACAGUGAACAGCUUAGCAAGAAGGCUCUCUUAAUCUACAACAGUUACCUGUCGAACAGUGCAAUCACUCCUAUCAAUAUUGAUGAUAAAGUUCGUGUAGAAGAAAAGGACAUAUACAACCCCCAUCCUUAUAUGUUUGAAAAGGCUCAGCAACAGAUCUUUAAGCUAAUGAAAUUUGACAGCUACACUCGCUUCGUGCGCUCCCAACUCUAUCAGAACUGCAUGCUGGCUAAUGUGGAGGGCAGGCCCCUGCCCGAGCCGAGCCAGUGUGCCAGGAUCCCCGCCACCACUAAGCAGAGCAGGGAGCAGAGACCUAAAGAGAGGCCGAAGGUUAAACCGGGCAAGCCCAUGGCAGCAGAGGCAGAUGAUGCCGUAGAGAGGAGGAAGGUCACGGUACAGGGGAAGAUGGGCUGGGAGAAGCGUAAAGAGAAGAGAGGAUCCUGGGGAGACUCACAGAUUACAUUGAGACCCAGACCUUUUCACAGCGGAGAGGUGGAACAGUUAGUAGCUCGCUCUGCUGACUUAGGCGUGGUGCCGAAGGUCAUGGCUGACAAGUACUGUUGUGUGUACCUGCCUGACGGCACGGCCUCGCUGACCCCCGCCCGUGCGGGCCUCAGUAUCCGCGACAUGCUGAAGGGCCUGUGCGUGAAAAGGGGCCUCCCGCUCUCUGACAUCAUCAUCUAUCUGCAGGGUAAGGACAAGAAACCAUUGUCUCUGGACCAAGAUAGCUCAGUCCUGAAGGACCAGCAGGUGUACCUGGAGCUCCGGGUGACAAUUUCUGUGGAGGUAGCUUUCACAGGUAAAACUAUAGCCAUUGUGGCGAAAUCCAAUAAGACCCUGCAGGAUGCACUGGCCUCACUGUUCCAGAAGCACCACCUCCGGCCACAGGAUGCCGUCGUUACCAUGAAAGGGAGCAAAGAGGCACUAAGCAUGGACAGCAUCGUCAUCAACAUGGCCAACAAGACGCUAACUCUGGACAAACUGAAAGAUGCUGACCAGGGAUCAAAGGCAGCUGUCCCACCUGCCCUCCAGGCACGACGAGGUGCUGUGGAACUUGACGCGGGCUUUUACAGAUCAAAUCCCCGGCAGAAGAACCUGGCUCUGAGACGAACGUAUGACAUGGAAGGUCUGGUGGAGCUGUUGAACCGAGCCCAGUGUUGCAGCGCCGAUGACCAGCGAGGCCUCCUGAGCAAAGAACACCUGAUGCUUCCUUCGUUCCUCAAGCUGAACCUGAAGGAGGAGGAGGAGGAGGAGGAGGAGGAGGAGCUGGUGGAGGAGCCGGAGGAUGGACAGAGAAGCACAUUUAUGUCUCCUGAGAAACCGGAAGAACUUGGGUCUAACGUUUCUUCCCCGGAUUCCAAAGUGUCUUCACUUUGCUCGUCAGAGCCAGCAGACAGGAAACUGUCUGAACACUCGUGUUCUAGCCCCACCCGGGAAACCGUGGUAUGAAGUGGAGCCCUCACUGAGCCAAAAUGGAUAUCCUUCUGUUUUUAGACUGCCUGGAGUGAGAAUGGAGACUACAAUAUUAAGGUGACUUUUUAGAGAUGGAGGACACUUGGUUUAAAGACCAUUUUGGACUUGGAGGACACUAUAAGUUGUUUACAGUCGAUGCGGAUUGCUAUAGCGUUAUUAAUGUUCAGUUGAUUGUAUUUAUUUGAUGAACAUAAUGUCAAAUAUAUUCUUUGUUUUAA